AUGGCCCUUUUCACGGUUCUGCUCUCGGCUGUGGGGGCGGCCCUUCUCACCGGCAUCAUCGGUCUGGCCAUGCUCCUACCGACGCGCUAUGUGAAGCACUCACCCGCCUCGCCAGGCUCGGUCAGGGUACAGGUCCUGGUGCUUGGCGACAUUGGCCGGAGCCCGCGUAUGCAGUACCAUGCAUUGAGUAUUGCCAAACAUGGAGGAGCCGUAGAUUUGAUUGGCUAUUACGAAUCGCCGCCACAUCCUGACCUGCUCAACAACAGCAGGGUCAAGAUCCACCCACUGUCACCACCUCCCGCAGCUCUGCGGUCCAAGUCCCUCCCAUUUCUCUUGGCUGGGCCCUUGAAGGUUCUCUGGCAGAUCUGGACUCUCAUCUGGGUGCUCGGCUAUGACACGCAACCGGCAAGAUGGAUCCUCGUACAGAACCCACCUUCUAUCCCAACUCUAGCCCUUGCGCUACUGAUUUCAGUUUUGCGCAAUACUCAUCUAAUGAUCGACUGGCACAACUACGGCUGGACGAUCCUGGCAGGCACGCGAGGCUCUGGCCAUCCUUUUGUCAAAAUUUCCAAAGCGUACGAGUCAAUUCUGGGCCGGCUCGCCCCUACUGCCAACAUUACCGUCACCCAUGCGAUGGCCAGACAGCUCAAAGAAGCACCGUACAGCAUCAAAACACCCAUCCUCACCCUGCAUGACCGACCCGCAGCCAUCUUCCAACCACUGAAAGGACCCGGAGACCGGAAGGCUUUUUUGGAACGACUUCCCGAGACUCGAGAUUUCGCCAACAACAUCCUUGCUGGGGAAACCAAACUCAUCGUAAGCAGCACAAGCUGGACGCCCGACGAGGACUUUUCACUGCUGCUAGACGCCUUAGUCGAUUAUGCCAAGGACGCACCCUGCCCGAUCGUUGCUAUUAUCACAGGCAAGGGCCCCCAGAAGGCCCAUUACCAAUCGAGAAUUCGGGACUUGACUGAGGCCGGAAAGCUUCCCAAUAUAAGAAUCUUGACCGCCUGGCUGACAAUGGAGGACUAUGCCACGCUCCUGAGCUGCGCAGACCUUGGCGUCUGUUUGCACAUGUCUAGUUCAGGCGUCGAUUUGCCGAUGAAAGUGGUCGACAUGUUCGGUUCAGGCCUGCCCGUGGCUGCGUAUUCCGGAUACCAAAGUUUCAGCGAGCUGGUCAAAGAGGGCCACAAUGGCUGUGGUUUCGAAACAGCUGGCGAGCUUGCCGCUGUACUGAUGCGACUAUUCCAGGACAGCGGCGAGGAUGAACUGCGAUUUUUGCGCCAGGGUGCACAGAAAGAAGGCAGUCUACGAUGGGAUGAGGAGUGGGAUCGCACUCUUGCUCGAGUAUUCGGCGUCAUUGAGUGA